GAUAGCAGUCCGCGCGGGAUUUGCUGGAGCUCGAUUUCUGCCUAGAUAAAAUGCCCCGAUGAUCCACAGGACGUACAGGCAGACAGACCAGAUAGACGGACAGUCAGACCGACCGGCCGUCCGUUGGAAUCCAGUUGGAAUUGAAAAGUUCAGAAAAAAGGGGGCAGCUAAAAGUAGGUGGAUAUAGUGUGCCUCAUCGGCAUGAUCGGUGUACGUUUGGGCCACCACCAGUGCCGUAGCGGCGAUCAGCGAGGCAACCACACGCGGAGCACGCUUGACUCGACUCGCGUUUGAGAACUGGAACAUUCACUUUCCCGGCUGCUGCCUCGAGCGGGGGGCCGGUCUUGAGUUCGUUUAACGCAAGUAAAUCAUAACGCUCCACACCUCUUCAAGGUUCGCGGGAGUAAAGAAACCGCCGCGAGAAGAGAAAGACAUCACUUUACGCUACGGGGCAUUGUCAGUCGCUUUCGCGUUUGGUGAGAAUUCGGUGCAGUGCAAGAGGGUAACCACAAGUGACACAAGUGAGGGCAAGCGAGGGCUCGAUAAACGUGUGCAGCGCGAGUGCAGCGCGAGUGGGAAAGAAUUUGUUUUGGAAAAUCAUUUAGCUCUGUAGUUUGUGCUCCGUGAAAGAAGGUAAAGUUGGGGCGGUGUCAGUGCUCAAUCUCCGAGGGGAAAGAUGGUGAAAGUGCUACUCGUUGUGGUGCAUCUACGCGGCCAACGUACUUAACCCAACGUCCAUCUACACCCCGUGCUACUCAAUGCAUCAUUCAGCGUGUGACUUAUAGCAGAAAACAAAAUCCCGCAACAUGAUUCAACGGAAGCUGCCUCGGGCCGUUUUAACGAUGCUAACAGUGCUACCCCUGGUGCAGCUAUGCGGUGGCGCAACGCAGCAGCAAAAAUUCAAAGUCAAACCCACGGAUCUGCUGGUGGCCGAGGGUUCGGAGGCGCUGCUGCGGUGCGAGAUUCUGCAUGCGGCCGGUGCAGUUCAGUGGACCAAGGAUGGCGAAGUGCUCGGCUACGAGGAGACCACCAACAGUAUCACCGGCUAUCCGCGCUACUCCAUCCAGCGGGAAGGAAACGGUGGAAACGGUGUCUACAAUCUGCACAUCACGAACGUCACCCUUGACGACGAUGACCACUACGAGUGCCAGGUGCAUCCUUUUAUGCACCACAAACCGAUCCGCGCUAAGGCACGGCUCACUGUGAUAGUACCGCCGACAUCGAUCGAGAUCCAAGGCUACGGUCAGCAGCACGCCAAGGUCGACGUGCGGGAAGGUCAGGAUCUGUCGCUGACAUGCACCGUUCCGAACGCCAAACCGGCGGCCCAGAUCGUCUGGUAUCGAGCCAACGUAGAGUACAAACCAGCCACAAUCGACACAAAGACGAUCGAGGUGAACGGUGGCCGGUUGACGGUGACAUCGAGGCUGCGCCUGAAGCCGACCGCCGAGGACGACUACAUCGAUUACACGUGCCAGGCGCGCCAUCCAGCGAUCUCGGAGGACCGUCCACUGCAGACCACCGUGCAGCUGUCAGUGCAGUAUCCACCCGGGCCACCGUACAUUGAAGGCUACCAGCCUGGCGGAACGAUUCGAAGCGGCCAGCGCGUGAAACUCAUCUGCCGAAGCCGCGGUGGCAAUCCACCAGCACAGCUAAUUUGGUACAAAAACGACAACCAAGUCCGGAUGGCGUACCGCACCACGGAGCGAAUGUCGGAGAACGAGUACUCGUUCGUGGCGGAACCAAGCGACAACAAGGCGCGGUUACGGUGCGAAGCAAACAACAACAUGGCCACUAGGAUCCUCAAGACGGAGGUCACGCUGAGCGUACUGUUUGCACCAGCGCACGUCACCGUAUCGGGACCAUCGGAGGCACGGAUUGGUGAAACGGUUGCGCUGCAAUGCCAAACUGCACCCUCGAAUCCACAAGCCGACAUUAAAUGGCUGAUCGAUGGGCAGCAGGUGGUCAAUGCGACCACCAAGGUGGUCCCAAGUCCCGAAGGUGGCUGGGUGACAAUUUCCAACAUCACCGCGACGGUGGAGUCGAACAAACGCUCGCUCGAAGCGAUCUGUCAUGGUCUGAACAUGAAGCUGACCGAGAACGUCCAGGCUACCCACACAGUCAACGUGCUACUUCCUCCUGGGCCGCCGAUUAUCUCCGGAUACACCGAAGGUUCGGUCGUUCCCGCGGGCUCACGGCUGAAGCUGAUGUGUGUUUCGUCCGGUGGCAAUCCGCUGGCAACGCUCACCUGGUACAAGAACGACAAAAAGAUCAAAUCGGUAAGCAGAACGACAACGGUCGACCAAUCGGUAACGGCCGAACUGUCGAUCCUGACGAACGUCACCGACAAUCAGGCCCGGUACCGGUGCGAGGCACACAAUUCGGCCACCGAGAUUCCACUGUUCGAGACGAAGGUGCUCGCGGUGCACUUUGCACCGGAUACGGCCAAGGUACGGAUUGAACCGAGUGAGCUGCGUCCGGGCAUCGAGGCAACGCUGGUGUG